AUGAAUAUUCAGGCAGACAUCCCAUCAGCGAGAUUGGAUGUGACUCGUGAGCAAGCCCAGCGAGUCCUGAACCACCAUUGCGAUGGGUCUGCGCCGAUAUCUUCGUUCGAAGAACUUUUAGACAAGGGGUUUAGUGCGUUCACCCCGACGAAGACGUAUGUCCUCCUGCUUUCCGACGGUUCGGCAUACGUCUUGAAAGUAUCCCCACCGUCUCCACCAGCGAGCUCGGAGACCUACGCACCCAACUCUCUGUCCGCGGAGCACGCAUUCCUACAGCUCCUCAUCAAGCAGACGAGCGUCCCGCAGCCCACUGCGCAUGCACUCGACACGUCCCUCACCAUUGUGCCGUACCAGUACCUGCUCCUCUCCCGUCCGCGUGGUGUCCCUCUCUCACAUGCGCGCACCAGCGGCGCACUCACUGCGCGGCAGGUGCUACUGCUUGAGCUCCGUAUCGGUGCAUACCUCAAGCAGCUGCACGACGUGCAGAACGACUGGUUCGGCCUGCCCACGCAGGAGCACGACGGGCUGUACAGCUGGCAGGAGGCGUUCACGCUCUCACUAGAGUCGCUCCUCAUGGAUGCGCAGACGCGCGGGGUGACGCUGGCAUAUGAGAACGUGCGUCGGUACCUCUCGCGCGCGAUCGGCUCCUUUCUCUUUGACGACUGCGAGGUCCCAUCGCUCGUGUCGUUUGCGGGAGAUGAGGACACGAUCGUCGUGGAUCUUGAGGCGCGCGAGGGGGACGAGGUGCCCAUCACGUCGUUCCUAUCGUUCUCUCACGCACUCUGGGGCGAUCCGCUACUGGAGACGAUACUUCUAGACCCCAGCGCUGCGCUGAUGGAGGGAUACGGCGGUACGCUGAUAGUGUUCACGCGCCAGAAGACGAAGCGAAUGUGGUAUACGCUGUUCUUGGCGUUGAUGGUACUUGUACAACACGCGCAGCCCACGGGUGCGACGGGACCGCACUACGACGAUAAGGUCGAGUGGGCUAGACGCACUCUGGAUAAAUGCGUGGACGAACUGAAGGAUGCGCCGUGCUAUUGA